AUGAUUUCCCAUCUGCUUGCUGGGCUCGCAGCCUUCUCUGUGGCACGCGCCUCUCCCCAUGACCUUUUCCGCCGUGGAACUGUCGCGUCUGAUGCGAUUGUUGGGUUGCCGCAGACUGUGCCCAGUGGGACGGUUGGGGAGGUUUAUCUGGCUUACCAGCCGGAUUUGUAUGUUGUCAAUGGAUGUGUUCCGUUCCCUGGUGUUGAUGCGGCGGGUAAUACCAAUGCUGGUCUUAAGCCUACAGGUGGUUCUUCUGAUGGUUGUAGCAGCAGCACCGGUCAAAUAUAUGUCAGAGCAAGCACCUCAGGCGACUACUACGCCCUAAUGUACUCAUGGUACUUCCCCAAAGACGAACCAUCAACAGGAAUCGGCCACCGGCACGACUGGGAAGGCGUAAUUGUCUGGCUGAAAGAUUCCACGACGAUUUCAGCUUCUAACGUCGUCGCUGUUUGUCCUUCUGCUCACGGCGGCUGGGAUUGCAGCACUGAUGGCUUCACGCUUCAUGGCACUGCUUCCCUGAUCAAGUAUGAGUCUAUUUGGCCUGUUGAUCAUAGUUGUGGUCUUACGAGUACUGUUGGUGGGACUCAGCCGCUUGUUGCUUGGGAAUCUAUGUCUACUGUUGUUCAAGAUGCGCUGGAUACUACGGACUUUGGAUCUGGGAAUGUUCCGUUCAAUGAGAAUAACUUUGCUAAUAAUUUGGCGAAUGCUACUUUCUAA